AUGGUGAGGCGCGUGAGCGCACUGCACUCCCUGCCGGUCUGCGACCGAAGCUGCAACCUGGACCUGGCCUGCGCCUAUGGCGCCCUGGCCCUGCAGAGCGCGCAGCGGAAGUCGCAGCAGGACUUCACUCACUACCUGGCGGAGGCGCAAGCCAUGCUGCAGAGCGCCUUCUGCGAGAGCGUGGAGGACUGCACGCGAACUCCCCAGCUGGCGUCCCUGUUCCGAACCAUGCUGGACACUUAG